AUGGGCCAGACUACAGAAGUGACUCUAUUCCCCUGGGAUUCCAAUUCAGAUGCUCAUGUAGAACUGCUUGUAAAGCAACGGGUGGAAUGCAGCUGGCACCAGGAGAAAGUUGAAACAGAAUGGAAAGGACAGCAACUCCGGGGUGAAAAAUGCAUUUAUUGGAUUGUGCUGUCAUCGCCUGAUUCACAGGUGGACGCAGAAGACGAAAAGCUGCAAGACACAGCAAGCUCAAUCAAUGCUGUGGCUCGACAGCCAACAAAAGCAAGAUUCACUCCGAUUGGUCAUAUAUCGUUAGAUUCCAAAAAUGUCGAAAUCGAGCACCUUGAUCUCGAUCUACCAUCCGAAAACAUUUUCUGGAUCAAGACAUUUUAUAUCAGACAGCAUAUCCAAGGCCAGGGUAUCGGACGAGCUGCAAUGAAUGAGGUGGAGACCAUGGCAGUGCAGGAGCCACUCAACGCCAAAACAUUGAUGCUGGAUACAGUCCAAAAAGAUGAUCAAAAAAACGAGGAAUUUGCAAAUGUAACAUAUGGGGGGAUUCCGAAAACCACCAAUGAAGAAUGGUAUUCUCGCCGAGGUUAUCGCUUGGUCAAGACCGUGCAGAAUUUCUACCGUGUUGCGGACAAAAAUGGCAAGAUUUGGGACAUAAAGACUGUCUUUAUGCGGAAAGAUAUUGCCGCGUCUGAUUCUAAAUAA